AUGGGCAGCAAGACAAUGAUCAAAUGGCCGAAGCAAAUUACAACAUCCCUAGUAGAGCAGCUGAUUCGAGCAGAAAAGGAUUUGCAGAAAGCUACUCUCGUAUUUGAUGCAGCAACAGCAGAGUACACGAAUGGCUAUCGGCAUGAUCACAGCACCUUUGGUCUCAUGAUCUCAAGGUUACUUUCCACAAACCAGUUUAGUUCAGCAGAAGAUCUACUAAAUAGAAUGAAGGAUGAGAAAUGUAAGAUUACGGAAGACAUAUUCCUUUCUAUCUGUAGAGCUUAUGGUCGAGUUCAUAAGCCUCUUGAUGCAAUCAAGAUUUUCCAGAAAAUGAAGGAAUAUGAGUGUGAACCCUCCCCAAAAUCUUACGUCACAGUAUUUGAUAUUCUUGUGAAUGAAAACCACCUAAAGAUGGCUCUAAGAUUUUACAGGUAUAUGAGAGAAAAGGGUAUUCCUACCAGUGUUGCUUCCCUCAAUGUUCUGAUCAAAGCCCUCUGCAAGAAUAGCGGAACCAUUGAUGCUGCUGUCCGAAUCUUUCGCGAGAUGCCCAAUCGUGGGUGUACUCCGGAUUCAUACACAUAUGGUACUUUGAUUAAUGGUUUGUGUAGAUCUGGGAAGAUCAGUGAUGCUAAAGAGAUUUUCACAGAGAUGGAUGCAAAAGGUUGUUCACCUACUGUUGUUACCUACACUUCUUUGAUUCACGGCCUAUGUCAGUCAAACAAUUUGGAUGAAGCUAUGGGAUCAUUCAAAGAGAUGAAGAUCAAAGAUAUUGAGCCCAAUUUCUCUAAUGGAUGGUCUUUGCAAGGGUGGACGCAGUCACAAGCCAUGGAGCUGUUGGAGAUAAUGGUUCAGAAACGUCAUGUGCCCAACAUGAUUACUUACAGCACCUUAAUUCAUGGACUCUGUAAAGAAGGAAAGCUUCGAGAGGCUGUGGAGAUACUUGAUAGAAUGAAGCUUCAGGGCUUGAAAGCCGAUGCUGGGUUGUUUGGUAAAAUCAUAAGUGGCUUAUGUGAUGUUUACAAAUUCCAGGAAGCUGCAAACUUUCUUGAUGAAAUGGUUCUUGGGGGAAUCUCUCCAAAUCGAGUUACUUGGAGCCUUCAUGUCAAGAUUCAUAAUGCAGUAGUCCAAGGCCUAUGUACCGACAGUGACUCUACUCGAGCUUUUCAAUUAUAUCUAAGCAUGCGCACAAGGGGAAUUUCAGUUGAACCAAAAACCUUUAGUUCUCUUAUUUCACGUGUCUGUAAGAAAGGAGACUUGCACAAAGCUACUAGAAUUAUUGAUGAGAUGGUGCUUGAUGGGUGUGUUCCUGAUGAGGGAACAUGGAGCAUGCUGGUGAGUGGAUUUUGGGGUAGAAGGAAGGUGCGAGAAGCUGCUGACUUGGUAAAGGAUGAGCUGAUGGAUGAGCCCAUUGAGGCACCAAUUUGAGGUUUUGCAUAGGUGAUCACCAGGGUGUCAGUUGCACUACUGCUGCAUAAGUUGGCUGCAAAGUGUGUUGCAUUGUGACCUGUAC